AAGAAGAGUCAAGAAGUGAGUCAGAGAUUCCUCGUCCACUGAAACUAACCAGAGCCAACCAGCAGCAGCAGCAUGCCGGGCUGCGGAGUCCUCCUCGGGCUGUGUCAGUAUGAAACCAACAAGCUGGUCCGGAUCCAGAGCGUCCGGCUCGGCUCGUUGAAGUGGAGUCUGAACGCAUUCAUUUUGCUGUUUAUCUGCCUAAUGAUGCUGUGGAACAGGAAGUACCAGGAGUUUGACCUGGUGGUGAGCUCGGUCACCACCAAGGUGAAGGGUGUAGCUCAGAUCAACCUGACGGGGGUCGGGGAAGUGGUCUGGGAUGAGGUGGACUACAGCGGGCCCUCACAGGUCAAAAACUCCUUCUUUGUGACGACCAAUGUCAUUGUGACAAGGAAUCAGAAGCAGGGAAAAUGCCCAGAGGUUCCCCUUAAAGGCAGAUAUUGUCGUACUGAUCAGGACUGUGAGAAAGGAGCCUGCGAUCAGCAGAGCCAUGGGAUUCAGACAGGAUCAUGUGUGAAGUUUGAUGUGUUGAGGAAGACCUGUCAGGUUUCUGCGUGGUGUCCAAUUGAAAUGAAGUCGCACCCUCCGAGGCCUGCUCUGCUGGCAGCAGCUGAGAACUUCACAGUCCUCAUCAAAAACAACAUCCGGUUCCCUGCGUUCAACUUCAUCCGAAGGAACAUCCUCCCAGAGAUGAACGACACCUACCUGAGGAGCUGUCAGAGAGGAAGUGACUCGCUGUGUCCCAUCUUCAGACUGGGAGACGUUGUUCGAGAGGCCGGAGAAAAGUUCUCUGAAAUGGCAGUAGAGGGGGGCGUCAUCGGCAUCCUGAUCAACUGGGACUGCAACCUGGACCGGCUCAUGCAACACUGCAAGCCCAAAUACUCCUUCAGACGGCUGGAUGAGAAAGAGAGCAACAAGACGCUCUACCCCGGCCUCAACUUCAGGUAUGCAAAGUACAACAUAGUGAACGGUGUGGAGGAGCGAACGCUGUACAAAGCAUUUGGGAUCAGGUUUGAUGUCAUGGUUUUCGGACAGGCGGGAAGGUUCAGCUUCAUUCAGCUCAUCAUCUAUAUCGGAUCAACGCUGUCGUACUAUGCUCUGACAACCAUAUUGAUCGACUGGCUGAUUGGAACCAGCUGUUAUUCUGCAGAGGUCGGACAAAAAUACUCCGAAAAGAAAGUGGAGUCAGUCCAAGACAAACAGAAGUGCAUCCUCUGUGUGUCCUACGUUGAUGAGAACAACAUUCGACUGGUGAAGAAAUCACAGAAGAAAAGUUUACAAGACAUGAAGCCAACAACUAUUCAGCCACGUAAGGAGGACACAGGACACCUGAGAGCCGUUCCCUCUCUGCUACAGCCUGGUGUCGGCUUGGAUCACAAUGCUCAGCCUCCCCUUGACCGUAAACCUGCCCCGAACCCCAAACCCUGUCGUCCAGCCUGGUGUAAGUGCGACUGCUGCACUCCCUCGUCGCUCCCUCAGGAGGAGCUGUGCUGCCGGCGGAGCGACGGCACCUGCAUCACCUCAUCUCCUCUCUUUGAGCAACUUGUGUUAUGUCGCUCCCUGCUUGAGGCCUACCUUCUGUACCGGGACCCUCUGUCUUCACCUGCUCAGCGAGGCCGGACCACCGCCCUGCGCCACUGCGCCUACAGACAGUACAUCAGCUGGAGGUUUGGGGUCCCACCUAACGACACCCACCCUGCCAUCCCCAGCUGCUGCGUGUGGAGAAUCAGGGAGGAGUACCCGAGCCCGGAUGGACAGUACAGUGGCUUCAGUCCCACUAUGAUGGUGACCAUGCAGGACUGCGCUAACGGAGAGCUGUGAGGGGAUUGUUUCCACAUUACAGAGCAGGGACUCCCUCACGGACUGACCUACUAGCAAUGUUAACAACUACCUUACAAAGCAAAAAAAAAAUGCAAUAACUAAACUGUCAGCAAAAUUAAAAUGAAUCCGUUUUUGUCAGCUUGUGUUCAGUCAGAAGGGGAAAAACCUCAGAGUCAGUAAAUCACAGCAUUUUCUACGAUCAUCUGUCAAGUCAUUUGGCUGCUCAUUAAAAAUAUCUAUGAAGCAA